GGUCAUCUCUUGACCUGAGUCAGGUCAUAUCCUGACCAAAGCCCUGAUCUGACUCUCCUUUCUGCCCCUCCCUCCCCACACCAUUCUCAUUCCCCUUCUGUGUGUGUGUGUGUGUGUGUGUGUGUGUGUGUGUGUGUGUGUGUGUGUGUGUGUGUGUGUGUGUGUGUAUUACCUAGUGUUAUUUACCUAGUUGUGACAUGCAGGAAAAGAGCUACGCUCGCACUGUCCAGUCUCCAUAUCCUCUCUUAUCCAACUUUUCCUUAAAAUCAUGAAUGUUUCUUGCACAAACCACCUCCCCCUCCAGUCUACUCCAUAGCUCAAUGCUUCUGUUUGGGAAGCUAAACUUUUUCACAUCUUGCCUGCACGUGGUCGCUCUCAACUUCUUUCUAUGUCCUCUCGUUUCUCUCUCGCUCCACACACACAAGUCCUCUCUGUCCAGAUUCUCCACCCCGCUCGCCACCCUGUACACCACUAUCAGGUGUCCUCUCUCUCUUCUUCUCUCCAGGGUUGUGAGCCCCGUGCUAUUGAGUCUCUCCUCAUAAGUCCGAUCACUAAGUUCCGGUACCAUCUUAGUUGCCGCUGUCUGCACUCUUUCCAGCUUUCUUAUGUUCUUUUCGUGACGAGACCAGACCACUGCUGAAUACUCCAACCUUGGCUUUAUCAUUGUAACUAUUAUUUUCUUCAUCGUCUCCUCGUCCAAAUACACAAAUGCCAUCCUCAUGUUCCUCAGCAAAUUCAUAGUUUGUCCCGUUAUCCUGUUGAUGUGUUUGUCCGGUGACAUGUUCUCCGAGACAGUCACUCCCAAAUCUUUUUCUUCCACGCCUCUGCAUAUUAUCUCACUUCCCAUCUUAUAAUCAUAUUCACAUCUACCACUCCUACCAAACUCCAUUUUUUACAUUUCCCAAGGUUGAACUCCAUCUGCCAUGUACCACUCCACUCCCAUAUUUUAUCCAGGUCCCUCUGCAAUGCCUCACAGUCCUUCACAUAAUUCACUCGUCUCAAUAGCUUUGCAUCAUCUGCAAACAAACUAACAUAGCUGGACACUCCAUCCACCAUAUCAUUUAUAUAAACAGCAAACAUUAUUGGCGCCAACACUGAACCUUGUGGGGCUCCACUCAUCACAAGGCACCAGUUGGAAGCCCUUUCCCUGAUUAUUGUCCUCAUUUCCCUGCUGGUUAGGAAGUCCUCCAGCCACUUAAUCAGUCCAUCACCCACUCCACCCCUAUUUUUAAUUUUCCAAACUAGUCUUCUGUGUAGUACUUUGUGUGUGUGUGUGUGUGUGUGUGUGUCUGUGUGUGUGUGUGUGACAAGUCAGGACCUGACCUGACCUGAGUCAGGUCGUGUUUUUGACGAAAACCCUGAUCUGACUCUCCUUUCUGCUUCAUCCUCCCCACAUCCUUCUCAUUUCACCUUCUGUGUGUGUGUGACAGGUAUGGACCUGACCUGACCUGAGUCAGGUCAUGUCCUGACCAAAGCCCUCACCUGACUCUCCUUUCUCACCCUCCCUCCCCACACCCUUCUCCUUUCUCCUUGUUUUCAUCCUCUCUAUCUCACCUUUCACGAGAGGGGCUCAUAACCGGAGUGAAGCUACACACCUCCUCUCGAAUCGGGGGCUCGCGUGGUAUUGAGGCUGUGCCGAGUUGAACCAAACAUGACAGGGAGGCGGCGGCGGAAAGUUCAAAUGUGGUUAACGUGUUAAUAAGAGUAUCUCUCUCUCUCUCUCUCUCUCUCUCUCUCUCUCUCUCUCUCUCUCUCUCUCUCUCUCUCUCUCUUCCCAUAGCCACAAUGUUUGGAGGAAAAUGUCCAGUGUUAUACUACCUUUUGAGGUAGCGUGCGUGACGCUGAUGGUUAGUAGGCAUGACAUGUACGUGUCAAAGCAGCGUGAAACUCGGGGUGAUAAUGCGCGAAACUCGGGAUGGUAAGAAUUUAGAACUAACCACGAAACUCAAGGAGCGUGAAACUCGGGUAGCGUGAAACUCGAGAGGGUUGUUGUUACUCGAUCCAUGUGUUUAUGUGGUCGGAGUUUAGAUGGGUGGGUUGACCGCUCACAUGCAAUGGUGACAAUGAGAACUGGCAUGGAGGAACCACAGACAUGCCACACCCACAACAGCUUCUUCCUUCCAAUUAACUGCAGCAACAAGUCCAUAACUUGGGUAAUGGCAGCACAAGCCGCGACAAUGCCUACUUUAGCAGACAAUGCCAUGUCGAUGCAGGGCAAGUGCUUUGUUUACGUUGUGGAUGUGGAUACAGGCAACCGACCUUGGCCGUGUGUGACGCACACCCGGAAAAGUUAGAUUUGGCGGUUGCCCAAGCUGCCGCCAAUGCGGUGGGAAGAAAAAGGCCCAGUGUGACACCAGGUUACGGACAACCAACAACUCGCUCCCGGAUGGGUGCACGGGCGUUGCCAAUACCCACAACGGAUAGAGGAAAAUGGCCAGUGUGACACUGCCUUAACCCGUGGGCUUCGGCUAUGGGAAAGCCGAGAAGUGGCUGUGAAACGACAAAAUUACACUGCAUUUUGAGACUAAGAAAAUAGCAUGGAACGUACAUCAGAGUACUCCUCUCAUAACCAUAAAGCCAUUAAAAAUAUUUACUUUUACUCAAACUCCAUUCUUUUUGGGUGGUGUUUGUUACAAAAUAAACAGUCUCGUGACGCGUGGCAUCUAACCGAGAGUCGCUUGUUGUCUACUAUAGAGAAUUUGACAAGUGAUUACUGUAUGGAUAGCUAAUUCAGUCUGCCAUGACCGUACAGCACCACCUAUAACAAAAAAGCAUACCUCAAGAUCACUCUUCCACCAUAAAUGACCUAGGGCAUUCAUGGUGGAUUGCGCUAUGCCACCACCGCCUACAAUUAGCUCGAAUUAGGUGUUUUAUGGCGAGCCCUUUUUAGGGUCCACCGUACCACAGCCACGACUCGUGAAAGCCCUAAAAAGGGUCUGCCGACGUUCUCGGGUUAAGGCAGUGAGGCCGCUGACCGGAUGAGUGCCGGCGAUGACGUCAUCGGACUCCCAGCAAAUCACAAGCGUAAGGCUUAAUCUGUGGCUUUAAAACGACGCGUUCUUUCUUCCUGUUUUCUUCCUUUUUCCAAGGUACAUAUUUUGAAAUAAAGGAGUAAAGGAGGAAAAAAAGUGAGCUUCGGGGGUCAGCAUGAGCCUAUUAUAAGGGCGCCACUAUAAAGAGUUGCCUGCACCAUGAUGGGCUCGGGUCCGACCAUCAGGCCCAGAUGGAUUGUCUACUGGCGCCAUAACCCCCCCCCCCAAAAAAAAAAAAAAAAAAAUCCACGGGUCGGACCAGAUGAGCGCAUUUUCAGUGUUUUCAAUAUCUCGCGUUUCGCAAUCCACGAGUUUAGCGCUAUACCUUCGGAACGAAGUGAGUGCAAAACUCGAGACGGUACUGUAGACUGGAUAGCUACAUGGACGAGGAUGACAGGUGGUAAUGAGGUGUGGGUACAGUAAGGUGACAGGGUACUGGAGCAUACGCCCGUACCGAAGGUAAAUGAGGAUCAAGCCUCUACCUGUAACCCCUGAAACUACAUCUCACCCAUCGUGAGUAGUGGGGGGGAUUCUGGAGCUGCCCUGUGUAGGCCACUCGGCCUCUUGCAGUCUCCCUGUGUUCUUAUGUUCUUGUGUUCUUAACAUUUGGAGGAAAGAUAGGAAAGAAGGAAAGGGAGGAGGAGCGAUGAUAAUGACAAAACAAAAUUUGAAAGUGACUGAAGUGAGAAAUGGAAAGGACAGUGCAGAGGUGAUGGCUGUGCAGCUACUGGUAAAUGGGGGAGAAAAGACUACCAUAAUAACAGCCUAUGUCUCCCUUAAAACCGAAAGUUGGAAUGAAGUAAGAUACAACGCUAUGCAGGAAGAAACAGUACGGGCACUGACAGACAAAAUAAAAAACAAUAGAAAGGUAUUAUUAACAGGAGAUUUCAAUUGCAAAGCGGUGAAAUGGGAAGACUAUGCAAUGGAGGGUGGAGAAAAUACCUGGGGAAGUAAACUAUUGAAGCUGGCAACAAAUAACCUGUUGACACAGUGGGUUAAAGGAGAAACAAGGCUGAGAGGGGAUGACCAACCAUCAAGACUAGACCUAAUUUUCACAAAAAAUGUUGAGUUAGAUGAAGGAGUCAGUCACGAGUGCCCCUUGGGAAAGAGCGACCAUGAGCUAUUAGAGAUAAAAACUAAGGAAGGAUAUGAAUAUCGAGAUGAGGCAUAUAAGGAAAAAAGGAAAAGCUACGCAAAGGCAGAUUACGUUGGUCUCAAGACUUUCUUCGCUGGGGUAGACUGGAGUGAUAUGAAGAGGAGUACUAAUAUUCAAAAGAAAUAUGACUUUUUUAUGGAUAUGGCUAAAAAGGAUUGGUUUAAUGCAAGAUGUGCAAAGGCAAAAGAAAAGAGAGACAAAGCGUGGUCAAGAUUAAAAAGAAACAAAAAUCAAAGAAACAGAGAAGACUUUAAGGCAACGAGAAAUGAGUACGUGAAAGUGAGAAAGGAAGAAGAGAAACGAUACGAAAAGGAUAUUGUGGAAAAGUGUAAAGAACAACCUAAAUUAUUUUAUAGAUUUAUAAAUGGAAAAAUUAAAUCAAGAGAAACAAUUGAAAGACUGACUGAAGAGAAUGUAGAGAUUGAGGAUCCCAAAGGCAUGGCGGAAUUAUUUAACAAAAAAUUCCAGCAAGAGUUUACCAAAGAAUCAUUAUUUAAUGAACCACAAGAAAACAACUUAGAUGUAUAUAUGGAAGAGGUCAAAAUAGAUAAAGAGGAGAUAAAAAAACUAUUGGGGGAAUUGGAAGAAGGGAAGGCCGUGGGACCGGAUGGAGUUUCAGGUUUUAUGCUUAAAGAAUGCAGAAAUGAGCUAGUUGGCCCGAUAUAUGACAUCAUUAGGUGCUCAAUUAAAACGGGCACAGUGCCUAGGGAGUGGAAGAGGGCAGAAGUGGUACCUAUAUACAAAAGUGGAAAAAAGGAAGAACCCCUAAAUUACAGACCGGUGUCUCUGACCAGUGUAGUAUGCAAAAUAUGUGAGAAAUUAAUAAAAGAACAAUGGAUGAGAUUUCUAGAACAUAAUUUAAUCACAAACAAUCAAUAUGGGUUUAGGAAAGGCCGCUCAUGUGUGACAAACUUGCUGAGCUUUUACUCAAGAGUGACGGACAAAUUACAGGAAAGAGACGGAUGGGUGGAUUGCAUUUACCUAGACUUAAUGAAGGCAUUUGACAAAGUUCCACAUUCAAGACUGCUGUGGAAACUAGAAAACAAAGGAGGAUUGAGAGGGAAAAUGAAGUGCUGGAUGGAAAGCUACUUAAGAGGAAGAGAGAUGAGAACCGUGGUUAAGGACACUAGAUCGGAAUGGAGAACAGUGGAAAGUGGAGUGCCCCAGGGGUCGGUUUUGGCACCAGUACUCUUCCUAGUCUGUAUUAAUGAUAUGCCAGAAGGAAUAAACAGCUACAUGAGCCUGUUUGCAGAUGAUGCUAAACUGCAAAGACAUAUAAGAAACAGUGAAGACUGCAAGGAGCUGCAAGAAGACCUAAACAAGAUUUGGAAAUGGAGUCAGAAAUGGGAGAUGAAAUUCAACGUGAGGAAAUGUCAUGUUAUGGAAAUGGGAAAAAGUGUAGAAAGACCAAAAUGGACAUAUAAAAUGGGAGGUGGUGAAAUAUUAAAGAAAGUAAAUGAAGAGAGAGACCUGGGAGUAAUUAUGCAAGAUUAUGUGCAACCAGGAAGUCAUAUAAAUUGGAUCUUCGGUGAUACAUAUAACAUGGUGAGAAAUAUAGGUAUAGCAUUCCACUACAUGGACAAAGAAAUGAUGAAAAAAUUAAUAACUGCUAUGAUCAGACCUAAACUAGAAUACAUGGAAACAUUGUGGUCUCCACAUAUGAAGAAACACAUAGUAAAACUAGAAAGAAUACAGAGGAUGGCAACAAAAAUGGUUCCAGAACUGGAGGGACUGACAUAUGAAGAGAGACUAAAGGAAAUGGACUUGCCAACACUAGAACAAAGAAGAGAAAGAGGAGACCUAAUACAAAUAUAUAGGCUAUUGAGUAAAAUGGAAGAAGUGGAUAACGAGAAAUUGCUACUAAGAGAAGAACCUUCCAGCAGGAAUACUAGAGGACAUAGUAAAAAGUUGAGGAAGGGAAGAUGCUCAAGAGACAUAAAGAAAUAUAGCUUCCCACAAAGAAAUAUAGAGGUUUGGAACAGAUUAAGUGAAGAAAUAGUAUCGGCGAAGAGUGUGCAAAGUUUCAAGGAAAAGUUGGAUAAUUAUAGAUACGGAGACGGGACCACACGAGCGUAAGCCCAGGCCCUGUAAAAUUACAACUAGGUAAAUACACACACACACACACACACACACACACACACACACACACACACCCACACACACACACACAC